AUGGCCGCUGCGGCCGGGGACGGCGCCGUGAAGCCGCUGCAGUGCGCUAUGAAGCUGGCCAACGGGGCCAUCGAGCUGGACACCGGCAACCGGCCCCGGGAGGCGUAUACAGAAUAUCUGAGGAGCAUCCACUACAUCUCCCAGGUGCUGCUGGAGGAAGUGGAAGCUAGCGAAGACCCUGGGCAGACCGUGCCCCUGGAUGCCCUGAAGAUGCUGAAGCUGGCGGAGCAGUGUCUGGAGAGGGCCCGGUCCACGGUGGCCAAGCUCGGGAAAGCCAGCCUGAAGCCAGCCGUGCCCGUGGCUGCUGCUGCCCCCUCACCCACCAGCCGGCACCGCCGGGUGUACUCGGACGAGGGGGGGAAGCUCCUCCCGUUUCUGCCGCCAGAGAUUUUCCAGAGGCUUCAGGUGGUGGAGUCACAAAGCUCUAAGAAGGAGCUGACCCCCCUGGAGGAGGCCUCCCUGCAGAACCAGAAGCUGAAGGCCGCCUAUGAGGCCCGGAUGGCCCGUCUGGACCCCAGCCAGGCCCUGCAGAAGACGUCGCUGACCCUGUCCCUGCAGCGGCAGAUGAUGGAGAACCUGGUGAUCGCCAAGGCCCGGGAGGAGACUCUGCAAAGGAAGAUGGAGGAGCGGCGGCUGCGGCUCCAGGAGGCCGCCAACAGGAGGUUCUGCAGCCAGGUGGCCCUGACCCCGGAGGAGCGGGAGCAGCGGGCCCUCUACGCCGCCAUCCUCGAGUACGAGCAAGACCACGAAUGGCCAAAGCACUGGAAGGCCAAGCUCAAGAGGAGCCCUGGGGACCUGUCUCUGGUGACCAGCCUGGUGUCCCACCUGCUCAGCGCCCCCGACCACCCCAUCGCGCAGCUCCUGAAGAAGCUCCAGUGCGCGGUGUACCGGGCGCUGUACCACGUCGUGAGCCGGGGCACUGCGGCCGCCCCCGCCCCCGGCGGCUGCUCCCUGCCCCCUGACGCCGAGGGGCUGCUGGCUCCAGGGAGCCGGCGCCUCCGGCCCUCCCAGAGUCUCUACUGCAUGCUGUCCUCCCCGGAGCCCAGCCCAGCCCCGCAUCCGCCUGCCGGCCCCCCCGCCAGCCCCCCCACACCCCCAGCCCAGCCCAGGCCCCCCAGCAGAGGGGCAGACGGCAGCCCUCGGGGGUCCCCCUCACCCCUCGUGCGCAAGGACAGCUCUUUCGAGGACCUGGAACAGUUCCUGGCCACUCCGGAGAGGUGGGGCCAGGGCCCCGGGCAGGGGACAGACCCUCCGGCCUCGGGGGUGAAGGAGGAGCCGCUACUGGAGCCACUGAAGAGCACCGUGAAGGACAUUCACAACGCGGUCGACAGGCUGCUCUCGCUGACCCUCCUGGCGUUCGAAGGCCUCAACACGGCCGCCUCCAAGGACCGCUGCCUGGCCUGCAUCGAGGAGCCCUUCUUCUCCCCCCUGUGGCCCCUGCUGCUGGCCCUCUACAGGAGUGUGUACCGCGCCCGGGAGGCUGCCCUGAGCAGGAGCAUGGAGCUCUACAGUAAUGCACCCCCAGCCGCCCUCGGCAUCCCCCCCAAACUGCUCCCUCGGGGCCCUGAGGCCUCAGGAGCCGGCGCCUACCCCUACUGUGCUGCUGCCCAGGAGCUGGGGCUGCUGGUCCUGGAGUGCUGCCCCCAGAAGAAGCUGGACUGCAUUGUGCGGGCCCUUCGGGUCAUCUGCGCCUGUGCUGAGAGCUACUACUGGGCCCAGGAGCCUGCACCCGAGGCCAGACCACAGCCCGGCGCAGCCGCCAUCGGCGCCGACGACCUGCUGCCCAUCCUGUCCUUCGUGGUGCUGAGGAGCGGCCUCCCCCAGCUGGUGUCGGAGUGCGCGGCUCUGGAGGAGUUCAUCCAUGAGGGGUACCUGAUCGGAGAGGGGGGCUACUGCCUGACGUCCCUGCAGAGCGCCCUGAGCUACGUGGAGCUGCUGCCCCAGGGCGCCCUGGGCAAGUAG